GCAGCUUCGCCUCCACCUUUGGACUCAUCAGCCUCCAAGCCAAAAUCCUCCUUGCCCGCAGUCAGUGAUGCCCGGAGCGAUUUGCUGUCAGCCAUUCGUCAAGGCUUCCAGCUCCGCAAAGUGGAGGAGCAGCGGGAACAGGAGAAGCGGGAUGUCGUGGGCAACGACGUGGCGACAAUCCUUUCGCGCCGCAUUGCUGUAGAAUACAGUGACUCUGAGGAUGAUUCUUCGGAGUUUGAUGAGGAUGACUGGUCAGAUUAACCAUAGCUCUACUCUCCACCCUCCAAGCUGGUGUAGCCCCUUCUUAAAGAAUCAAGUACUUAACCAGGUUGCCAAAACCUUUUUAGCCUUUCCUCUUUCAUCCAAUAACCAAAGAUAUGCCAAGGACCCUUGGCUUUGGCAGGACUUGUAAUUCACCUUUCUGCAAGGUCUCCUCAGGGACACCAAAGAUUGCAAUGUUGUUUUCCAGCAGGAGGGGACAUGGUGGCUUUGAAAGCAAACCUGAACUGCCAGAUUGUCGGUGCCGCAGAGAGAGCCAGCUCAGAGAGCCUGUACAUCGUGGGGCUCUGUUUCCUAGUAAAAAUCAGACCUAUGAUGGACAAAAUCAGACUUAUUACAGAUCUAUUGGACUUUGCAA